AUGUUAUUAUUUGAAGGUGAACCUGCCUUAUUCUUCUUAUUUAUUAUAUCUACAUUGAGUUUACUUGUUGGUGGAUGUUUAUGGGGAUCAGGUGAAGAUGAAGGUUCACCGAUUAAAAUGACAAUUGGUAUUGUGUUAUUCGCUAUCGGCUGUUCUACAACAACAGCAUUCUUUGUUACAUACACUGUAAAACGUAUCAGAAGGAAAAGAAAGCGUAAAAAAGAGAUUGAACGCAUACUACAACUACAAGAAGAAGUGAACGCCCAUGAAAUAUACAAACCACGAGCCAGUAAUGCAGUCGACAGAGGACAUGACAAUGAAGCUGUACAAAAUGAUGAGUAUGCAACAACUCUGUGA